UGGUCCAUUACUCACUGGCACUGCAGCUUCUGGGUCAGCCUUUGUAGGCCAUGGAUCUUGGGCAGUAAUUGUGGCAGUGACAGAAGGUGCACGAGCAUGGCGGCCAAGCUGGUAUGGUGGUUGAAAUGUAUAGAAACUGUACGUGCUACUUAAAUUGAGAAUUCUGUAUAUUGUAUUGAUCAGAAUUUGGUACAUAAGGAAACAAUAUUGUGCCUUGUCACACUUGAGACCAAAGAAGCUGGCUAGGCUAGGGAGAAUUUUUGAAGUAAAUAAUCUUCAAGUGGUGGUGAACAGGUCCAUGCGAGAUUCAGCAGCCAAUGUUGUGCCUUGUCAACUAUCACAUAGUCAAUUCAACCCUAUGACCUUUUCUUUACAGGUAUGUUCGUUGCUAUAAAUACCCUUCCAUUGCCUCCCUCCAUUUUCAUCAUCAACCUCUGAAUUCUCACCCUACAUAUUACAAACACAUCGAAGAAGCCAGAGAACAGAGAAAUAAUCAAAGAAAACCCUUACAUUUUCUCAGAAAACAAAGGGAAAAAACCAUAUACAAUAUAAUGGCCUCUUUACAAGCUUCAAGCUUUCUUUUCUCUUCUUCUUGUAGUUGUUCAACAAGAAUCAAUGCUGCUGUUUCGGUACCUCAGCUUCCAAGAUUUCGUCUCCCAGUUCCAAGAACCCCAUUAAGAUUUGUUGAGGAACUGAAUUUAAAAGAUGGGUUCACAAGUACAGUCCCAUUAUUAGAAAACACAAGGCCAGAUCAGUGUGAGCCAAUCGAGUCUAAAACUACUGCAGCAGCAGCCAAGCUUUACGCAAUCUUAGAAGCUGUUUCUGAUAGAGUAGAGAUGCACAAAAACAUUGGGGAGCAACGUGAUAAUUGGAACAAACUUCUUUUGAAUUCAAUUAACAUGAUCACUCUAACAGCAGCAACAAUGGCUGGUGUUGCAUCAGCUGGUACAGUUGGAGCACCUCUUUUGGCUUUGAAGUUAUCUUCUACUCUUUUAUUUUCUGCAGCUACUGGAAUGUUACUGAUCAUGAACAAAAUCCAGCCUUCACAGCUUGCAGAAGAGCAAAGAAAUGCCACAAGAUUGUUCAAGCAACUUUAUAGCCAUAUACGAACAACACUUGCUCUUCGCGAUCCUACCGCGUUAGAUGUGAAGGAUGCAAUGGAGAAGACAUUGGCUCUUGAUAAAGCUUACCCUCUUCCUUUGUUAGGAAAAAUGAUUGAAAAGUUUCCUGAAAAUUUUGAGCCUGCUGUUUGGUGGCCCAAAACACAAGGAUCCCCAAGAAAGCAGCACAAAACACAAGGAAAGAAUGGGUGCAGUGGGGAUCUUGAAGAGGAGAUGAGGGAGGUGAUUGAAGUGAUAAAGAGAAAAGAUAGUGAAGAUUACAUGAGACUAGGCAACUUGGCAUUGAAGGUUAACAAGAUCUUAGCCAUCUCUGGUCCACUACUCACUGGCAUUGCAGCUGCUGGGUCUGCCUUUGUAGGGCAUGGAUCUUGGGCAGCGAUUGUGGCUGUCACAGCUGGUGCAUUAGCUAGCACAGUCAAUACAUUUGAGCACGGUGGCCAAAUCGGUAUGGUAGUUGAAAUGUACAGAAACUGUGCUGGAUUCUUUACACUUAUGGAAGAAUCAAUUGAAACCAGCAUUCAACAAAGAGAUUUCGAGAAAAGCGAAGACGGAGAAAUGUUCGAAAUGAAUGUUGCAUUGAAGCUUGGAAGAAGCUUGUCACAACUAAGAGAUCUUGCCAGAAAAUCCUCUUCUUCUCAUGUAGAUGGAAGCACCAUAGAUGAGUUUGCUAGCAAACUUUUUUGAUAGUAUUAGACCUCUCUGUCCAUAACUAAUUCACAUUCUUUUAAAAAUUCCUUUUGUACAUCAAAGUAACAUGUAUAGAUUAUCACAAAUGAUAUUCAAUUUUUUCCUCAAGAA